UUAUUAUUUUCCUUUUUUAUUUUAAACAUUUUUGAAUUUAUUUAAUUUUUUAAAAAUCAUAAUUUGAAAUUGUGAUGUAAUGAACUCUUUAUGAACUUCAUGAAUUUUACUUAUUAAUGACAACGUGAAUGUCUUUUACUCAUUUUUUUAAACUUAUUUUAAUGACAAUCAAUCAAUACAGCAAUUGGAAACGUUGUCAAUUUGGAACUUCAUCGCGCUGCUCUUCCGAACAUUAUUAUACAUAUUAACUUUUUAUCUCUACACUCCAAGAAUCAGUUUAAUCGUUGGGAUAUCGUUCUAUUAUAAACUUAAAUACAACGUAAUAUGUUGAACUGUUUGGAGUUUUAUUCAGCUUAUACUUGAGCGAGUAUAACCCCUAAAAUCACAAUAUACAUGUAGCCCUUUUACAAUACAUGUACAAUCAUACAUCAUGUUCAUGUGUAGUUUUACAUAUUGAUAAGACAAAGCAUAUUUGCUAUCAAAAACGUAAGUCUUUCCUUUAUUCCUCUAUCUGGUUUAUGUAUUAACAGAGACAUAAAACAUGUUAUUUAUAUCUCUGGUAUUAAGGAAAAUAAUUGAGGUGUUCUCUGAAUAGAUGCAGAGCUGCAGGCUUUACUGGAGGGGUGAAGACAUUCGUUUUGCCCUUAUAAAAUUAAAGUAAGAUUUCAUUUUCCCAGCAGAUUUUUCAGUGCAGUUUAAUUUUUCAAAAAUUCCCGCCAUUAAAACAGAUGGCGUUUUCCAAGAACGAGAAAUCUACUUCCUGUGUAGAAACAACACAAAUCUUCUAGAAACGCUUGGGAGAAAAUAAGCCAAUUUGGUGAGAUUUUAUUAAUUUAACUUUGGUAAACAAUUCCGCUGACUCUUACUCGGUAAAAAUGAGUUGAAAUUCCAUAUUCAGACCAUGUACAAGUCCGCGCAGACGCAGAUAGCACUGUUUGGCCUUCGAAACAGAAUGGACACAUCUGUAUAUUCAACUCUUGUGCAUUUAAGUAGGACCCAAUUUCUCUUGAAAGUAUUUUCAGACCUGCGUUCUGUUUCCGAUCUAUGAAAGCCAUGAAAUGUAUAAUAAACAACCCGAAUGUCUCAAGAAAUUUCGACUUCGAUAGCACCUGUCUCCCUGUUCGCGCAAGCUCGAGAGUGGCGCAGUCGCACCACAAAAUCCCAUCACCUGCCCGUGUCCCUGCGCACGCAGUGUUAAAAUUUUACCAAUGGUGUUUACAAAAACAAGAUUUCUUGGGGACAGUGAAAGAUCUAUAAUGCUACCCUACUUGGACCCUUUGACGCACCUGGUCUUGGACCCAGGUUCGUGGGACAUCCUCUCUUUCAAUGAUGAACAACCUGGUCUCCACUGGAGGCAGCAUCCAGGGGAGCUUCACCAUGACCACCUCCAUCAACUCGGGGAUGAUGAGCGAUGACAUGAGUGAGCCUAGCUCGCCAGAGAGCUCGUUUGACGCGUCAGACUUGCUGGGUCCAGGCGGCAUGAAUGAUGAUGUCACUGCACAACUUGCCAAUUCAGGUACUAUUGGUAUGGCAGCAGCCGCAGCCAUUGCAAGCGGGAAAAAACACAUCAAGCGUCCUCAUGCGUUUGAAACAAAUCCCUCCAUAAGGAAGCGACAACAGACCAGACUUCUUCGGAAGUUGAAGGCCUGUAUCGAGGAAUACACAACACGAGUCGGACAACAAGCAGUUGUGUUGUGUUGUACCCCAGGAAAGUCCCAGAACUCCAACAACUACAAAGUGUUCGGCUCCCAGCCACUAGAGUCUGUGAUAAGGAACUGUAAGUCUGUGGUGCUACAGGACUUGGAAUCCACACUGGCGGAACAAGUCCCGCAAUCUCAAGACCUUGCCGGUAUGCAGGAGUUACCGCCCCUGUCUAUAGAUGGGAUCCCCACCUCUGUGGAUAAAAUGACUCAAGCUCAAUUGAGAACUUUUAUCCCAGAAAUGUUAAAGUUCUCCACAGGGCGAAGCAAGCCAGGGUGGGGUAAGGUCGAGUGUCGUCCUGUCUGGUGGCCCGGAGACGUUCCCUGGGCAAACGUGCGCAGUGAUGUCAGGACCCCAGAACAGAAAAAGAAGGUUUCAUGGACGGAAGCCCUGCGUACAAUAGUAAACAACUGCUACAAGCACCACGGAAGGGAGGAUCUGCUGCAUGUGUUCGAGGGCUCGGAACAGAAGACAAUGUUACAGACCAUAAACAACCCUGACGGAACAAUCUCGGUGAUACAGAUAGACACCACCCCCAACCAGGUGGUGACCCUCCAGGACGGUACCCAGGCCACCGUCGUACACACGGUCAAUCAGGAGGCCCCACAACAAGAGGCGACACAUGCUGUCCAGACAUUGGCCGAUGUAGCUGUCAAUCAACAGGAGGUGGUCACAAUGUCGGGCAUGCAGAUGACCCCCGUCAGUGUGGAGAUAAACUCCGACACGAUUGGUCACCGUAUAGCACACAUAAACGAAGACGGUCACAUCAUACUGUCUGGGGACGACCUUGGGAGUUCACAAGGAAUUGUUAUACCUGUCUCAUACACCCUGCCUCACUCCGCUGUGGUUUCCGUGACAACGUUCGAUGCUCUACAAACCCAGGCCGGCCUCCAAGUUGCCAUGGCUCCCAUGACAAUAACAAAACAGGAAGUAUCGGAUGACAUUCAGGAAGAAAUCACGGAGACUGCAUGUGACAUGUCCAUGGAAGAUAGCGAUGAUAAAUUAGAGUGAUGCAGCAUGGGAAUGUGAGAGGUGGAGUGCUUCGUCAUCUCUAUCGAGAUUUUUCCUCAAUUUUGUCAUUUUCCGUAUUGUUACCCGUGAUUUCAUGUUACAUUGGAUCUAUAAAUUAUGGAAAAUUCAAUUUUCUAUGUGAAUAAUUCGUGACAUUAUUCAAUUUUGUAUUUCAUGUUGAAAUGCCUGAUCAUUGUGUUGAUAUUUAUUUGUUUACUACUGUUUACUUGAUUUUACUGUUUUAUGUUGCAAGAAAAAAGGAAAAUCAAGAAUCUCAUCUACAUUUGGCAAUGUGUUGUAAAUGUAGUUGAUAAUAAAGAAUUAUAUUUGAGAAAAACUU